CCUACACCCCCCCAACAGCAUCACCAGAAACGUAGUGUAGGAGUUCUCUGAUAUUCCUGGCAUUCUUGCAUUAUGACCUCAACUACAGUCGCUUCCAUCCAUCACACUCCCUACUGUCGCUUCAGAUAAUUCAGAACAGCCCCGUCAUGGCGUCCGAAUCGCAGCAGUCGGAGCAAUAUCUUCUGCCUCCGUUGUCCGAGUUGCUUCGUCGAGACGACACCACUAAUAAUAAUGAUCAUAAUGAUAAUGAAGACGACUCAUUCCCAUCCAAAUCGUGGAAUCCCUUUGACCGCAGUCCUUCACCCGACCGAGACUAUAUCCGCUAUCAGCCCGCCUCUUCUACAAACGAAGACCCCGCUUCACCACCCGCACAACGCGGGACCACGUUUGGCCUAGGAAUCACCAAUACCUUCCCUCCAUCCCCGUAUAAGUCUCCCGAUGACGCCGACGACGACGGCGACCUCGCGACCAAAUCCCCGUAUCCCGAACCCUCGGAGCCGUCGCCAUUGCAGGACCAGACGUCGCGGACGACACUAUUGCCGCAUUCGCCGGAAUAUAUAAAAUGUCCAACACACCAGGGUAUAGUCCAGAAGCGGCUGUCAUGGGUUCCCAUCACAAUCCUGGUCCUCGCGAUCUACUCCACCAUUUUCUCCGGCAUCUACCUGGUGCUCGCGCUGGUCAAGCCGCGCUAUGACAAAAAGAUCGGUGAAGAGGGUGGCCUGGCGCCUUCCACAGCCAGCCUACUUAGUGCACUUUUCGCCAAGACCAUUGAGCUGUCGUACGUGACUGUCUGCGUCGCGUUUCUGGGGCAAGUCUUGAGUCGUCGGGCGAUCACCAAGGGCAUGCGUACCUGGAUCAUGCAGCCAGGCUCUCUCAUUGUGCACUGGGAGACUGUGCGGUACUCAGCGCUCACGGUGCUGGGCCUGAUCACGUUGACCGCGACGUUGGUGGCCAUGCUUUACACCACCGCAGCAGAGGCACUAGUUGCGCCCAAACUGCGGAUGGGCCCCAUCGAACCUCGGGUCUUGGUCGGAAACGUGUCCACCGAAUUCGCCAACCCGAAAUACCUCAAAAUUCAUUGCUCGACCCCCGUCACUCUGGCCAUGGACCCGGAAGCGGCAGGAAGUACCUGUUUGGACCUGGAACUGGUCGGACAGGCGUACCACAACUACCAGGCGUACAUCUCUGCUUGGAGCGACCUGGCUAAGAGGAAGAACCGGACGACGUCAAACCUCGCAGCGCGGCCACCCCCGACCGGCUCGCUAUACGAUAACACUACCGUGACAGGAAGCUGGAUUGACAUUGGCAAUAUGACCGAAUUGUCGCUCAAGUACGGUCGAAUGGUCAACAACGUCACCGCCGCAAUGCCUCAUGCAGGAGUUAUCGCCGCCGCGACCGACCCGCGGAAUGGCAUCCGCCAGCCGGCCGAUGUGACCGGCGAAGGCAACUUCGAGAUUGAGGCCUCGGUGCCCUCUCCGGCCAUCAACGUCCUCUGUGUAGGGAUGACGGACGAGGAGCUCACUCCCUUAGUAUACGAGAGGUGGCCUGGCGGGCACAACUUCGACCCACUGACCUGGGAUUACGAGGGACACACAAACGUCGCCGUCGACUGGUUUAAUCGAACGGUCGUCGAUGACCUCUUCGGGUGGGAUCCCAACGCCAACGCCGAGAUAAAGCAGACGCCUCCUGUGUUUGGCAAGUUGCCCCUAGCCAACAAUACCAUCACCAAUAGCACUGGUUUUUGGCCCACAAACGCCAUUUACAUCCUCGGAGCAGCGCCAAAUAAAUCCAUGACACCGCCUUAUGUGCUGUGCGCACUCAAGGCGAAAUUGUCCCCGGUGUGUUCGACCAGGUAUUCGGCGGCCGCCAGUGGAGCUUCCUUUUCAACCAGGUGCGAGAAUCCUGCGAAUCCCUUGCAGUAUAAUCACCGCAAUCAGAGUGCCCUUGACGGAGUGUGGGAUGGCAACUGGAAGAACGUGGCUGACGAGUGGGCGAAAUCAUUGAGUUUGAAUUCGGGUAUCACCGACGGCCGCGCCAGCAAUGCUCGCCUCCUGAUGCAGUUCCUUCCGGCCCUCGAUAAUCGAACAAAGACCUAUUCGCUUGACCCCAAGUUACCAUCGGUCGGCGAGGCGCUUGCGGUUCUGGCAGGCAGUACCCUGCUCCUUGGGUCGAGGAAUGCCCCCUUUGUGCAAUUCUUUAACUACACCAAGACCGAUAACGACUCCUCUGCACUCGCCGAACCCGUUCCGCAGUAUUUCGAGGCCACAGUUCGCGCCGUGGGAUAUGCUUCCGGGGGCACGGAGCAAUGGCAGAACGUGUUCUAUCUGGUCCUGGUGUUUGCCUUUUUGACAAGUGCCAUCAUUCUCGCGUUCAUGCUGUUCGAGGUGCGUGGACGACAAAUCACCGACUUUACGGAACCUCAGAAUCUGUUCGCGUUGGCGAUGAACAGCCCGGCCACCGCGCAGCUGCAAGGGGCGUGUGGUGCAGGACCGCACGGUCGCCAGCUCAACGAGCGGUUCUAUGUGGCUAUGGAGGAGGAGGAUGAGCAUUAUUAUAUCCGGACCAAGGCCGAACAGAAUGUGCGGCCGGCCUCGAUGAGAGCCAGUCGCUCCAUGGCCUCGAUGGAAGUCGACGAUAUGCCGAAGCCUGUCAGUCCAGCCAUGGAUGAGUACCGGCGGCUUUCCAGUAGGAGCAGUCUUUUGUCGAGAUUUUAUUAGGAAUGCAUGUUAUGAACCCGGCAAAUGAUUUGUGGUCACGAAUGUAAUGUUAAUGUCAUGAAACCUCUAUGUGGUUUUGAGGUUAAUUUCAGGAAAUACCAUAUUGUACAGUAGCUAGGAAUGCCACACAGGCACCAUUGAUGAGUU